CAUGUCCUUAACAAUAUAUAUCAAGGUCAUGAACUUUUGAGGAGGUUAACCUUAUGUGCACAUUUACCGAAGUAGAGUGAACAAGAACCGUUCACGCUUUGCCGUUACCAUCAGAACGGACGUAGUGUAUAUACAUUUCCUCAGAGGGCGCGUUCGAGAAAAAACGUCUCGGGGUAUUCGGCCCAGUGGCCGGUCUUAAGCUCCUUUCUGGUAUAACCAAUCUCUAAUUGUUAUUAUUAAGAUAAACAAAGUGGAAGGAAGGAUAAUUAUUGUCGAAACAUACGUCAGGCUAAAUUACUUUUGACAUGAAAGCAGUAAUACAACGAGUAUCGAAAGCUUCGGUCCUAGUUGAUGGGGAAGUUAUUAGUAGCAUUGGUAAUGGACUAUGUAUAUUGAUUGGUAUAAAGAGAGAUGAUGGAAGAGCAGAUGUGGAAUAUAUAGUAAGAAAGAUAUUGAAUACCAAAAUUUUUGACGACAAUGGUAAAAGAUGGAGUGCCAGUGUAAUGGACAAGAAAUACGAAAUAUUAUGCAUUAGUCAGUUUACGCUAUAUCAUAUUUUAAAGGGGAAUAAAUUAGAUUUUCACAGAGCAAUGUCUGCACAAGAAUCAGAACCAUUUUAUAUGAAUUUUCUUGCUGAGCUUCGUAAAAAAUAUAGUCCAGAAUUGAUAAAAGAUGGUAAAUUUGGUGCAAUGAUGGAAAUCUCUAUACAUAAUAAUGGGCCAGUAACAUUGGAAAUAGAGUCUCCCACAAAAUCUAUUUCUAAUGAUGAUGUUGUGAAUAUUGAGAAGAAAGAAGUAUCUGAUUAAGCAAAACAUUUGUUUAUAUAUUAUGACAAAUUGAUAGCUUAAUAAACUUAUGUUG